AUUUAAUUUACCAAUUUUUAAAAUAAUGAGUUGUUUCACUUGUCCUCUCAAGGUGACGAAUAGGUGCUUUCUUAGUUUCAUUGUGAACAAAUUAGAUGUGUUUUGGUCCAUUGCAGUUAUUAUCUUUAUUGAUCUUUAAUUGUCCAUCUUUGCCCCAUCUCUUCAACUUGGCUUCUGAGCAUGUGUGUGUGCCUGUGCUUGCACAGGUGUGCAUUUAGAAAUUAUUAUUUUUGUAGCUAACAGCAUUUAUUGCUAAACUACAAAAAGAACCUCUGAGGAGGGCUGCCACUUUAAUUGCUUACCUUCUAGAAUCAGUGUUGACAAUAGAACAAUCAGGAGACAUUUCCUUAAUGGAACGUGGAUGAGAAAUGUGCCAUAGUACGCGUUAUGGAAAAUUAUUUAAAAUAUGUCCUCAUAUUAAGAGUUUCUUCAAACUCUUCCCUCAGCGUUCAUUCAUUCUUUACCCAUCCUCUGGGCAUUUCUAGGUCUCUGAUUCACCGCAGGCCCUGGAGGCACACAUAGGAAUAAGACACUACCUACCUAUCUGUCCAGGGAGUGUGUGUGAGACGGUUUACAAAUAACCACAAGUUUGUGUCGUGUCAUUAAAAGGAUAGGGAUGUAGGGGUUCAGUGCUGUCAAUUCGUAUUCUCACACACGUGCGCACUCAUGUAUAUAGUCAUUUUGUCACAACGAUGUAUAAUUUGGUGUAAGGUGCUAGGAAAUAGGAAGGCUGCAUGUCGACUUUCAGUGUUAAGGGAAAUGAUGUCCCCUGAGUAGACAGUGUCACUGUGCUUUUCUUUGUCAUUAUUCAGCAUUUACACCCCCUGCCGUCCUUUUCCUGUGUUCCUUCAUAUUUGAGAGUGCUGGUUUUUUGGGAGGGAGGGUCCUUCAUGACCGAAUUCAGAUCGGGUUGUUCCUGAUUGGGAUCGUAACAGGAAGUGGUAAACAGUGGGGAUUUGUCUUGACCCUUAGGAUAGUGCUGCUUGUUAAAAUGCAGAGUGUGAUUCAUAAACAAUCUGUGGAGAUGCUUUAAGGCCAUGAAAAGUGUCCUGUUCCUCCUGUAAAUCUCCCCUUUAGCUUUAGCGUCUUACUAGCGAUUCCCGCCUGAACCGGUCUUCACUCUGGUAGCUGCAAAACGUUGGGUUUUUUUUCACUUUCCCACCCUGUAUGUUUAUCAGUCCGCCUUUGGUGUUCUACUCUAAGCAGGAGCCCUCCUGUCUCCCUUGCUUUGUUUAAUAUUUACUCUAGGUUUGGAUUCACGAAUCCCUUGUUUUUCAGUGGUUUGUUUUCAUUACUGUCCGUAAUUAUUUUGGUGCUCAGAUUGUCCCAGAUUUAGGAUUGUCUUCCAUUUUGAUGAUUUAAAGGACUAAAAACUUGAAUAAUAUUCUAAGAGACUUACGUAUUAUGAUUAUGGCCUAUUAGUAAUAUCCAGGUUACCACCUUCAAGUCAUAUUAUCUGGAGAAAAAGUGCUAAGUGCAAUUCUUUGCACAUGUACAGUGUUUGAUCAUUUCCCAUGUGCUUUUGUGUACCAUGUUACCCAGGACAGAUGAAUUUUAUGAGGACUGAAGAGUACUUUUUUUCUACCUUUUCAAAUUCUCAUUUGAUUUUCAUGACAACCCUCUGAUACAGACAAGGUUGACUCUACCUACUGAUUUGUUCUCUCCCAGCUUAAGUUGAACGCAAGACUAAUGACUGUAUUCGCCCAUGGGAUUGGGGGGCAGUAGAAACCACACACAUUUGCAUGGUUCCUGUAUCUAGACCGUGAUUUGCUUUCAGAAUGUUGCUUCUCAGGGGAACAUGUGUUCUUGUGUUUGAAUCAGUGCUUGGUGGUGGAGAGCCCCCUCUAACAUUAGUGUGUCCUAUGGAACAUCACGUAGGAAAACCAUUUCCCGGCUCUUCUGCCUCCUUGCCAAGCCACCUAAAUGAAGCUGUCUUGGUGUUCUGUACGGGAGGGUACGUGUUCAUUCUUACCCCAUGCCUUACAGUUAGGUUGGGCUGGGGGACCCACCCGCAGGGGCUCCCUGCUUUCUCUAGGAUAGGUUUCUUCAGACAGCAUUUUAGGCUCAUUUGUAGAUGAACAAUCUAUCUUUUGAGAUGCGACGCCCUGUCACUUCCCCACCCCAUACCUGCGCUUCCAUGUCACGUGAUACCGGACCCGCCAGGACGCUUCAUGCCUCUGUUGCUUUGCACGCCUUCCGUUAUGCGUGGGAAGCUUCGCUCUCUCAGCCCCUCUGCUGAGUGAACUUGGACUCCAUGUCGAAGCCUUUCUGGAUCUUCUUUUCCCAGAGUUCAUCAUGCUUUCCAUCAGACCUUGUAGCGUCUUUAUCACUGCAUAUGGGCAGUUCUAUUUCCAUGCUUUGUUUAUACAUCUUUCCUUAGGAGAUUGCGUUUUCUAAGGGCAGAGAUGCACAGCUUAGCACAGAGUAGUGUUUAAAUGUUUUUUUUGGACAAAAACGAAGCCCACUAUAGAGCUUUCCAGUCGGUAGGUAGUAGAGACGUAUUAAAGGGUGUCUGUUGGUGUGUCUCCCAAGUCCCCGAUGAAAAACUUCUGACUGUAAGGUGUGAGCCUGCCAGAACUUGGCGUUAUGGGCCCCGAUUCCCCUUGUUGGAAGGUCUGUGUUGUGGCUUUUGUGUACUGGCGAUGAACCCAAAGAGUUCUUGGAAGAGAUUAAGAGGUUUGCAAGCCCCUCGGAGAUGGUUCUGGGAGAAGUAUAAUUGCUUUGUAAACAAUGGAUGUCUGCUGAAGUGAGGGAUGGCAUGUACUGAUGUCUGCAGUUUCCGUGGAAACACGUCAAAAAGUAAGAUGGACUGAUGGGUGGGUCAAGGGAGGCCCGAUGCCUGGGUUUGUGAUAAAGCAAAUGGAGUGACAUGUUGAUGGUAGAAUCCAGGGCUGCGAAUGUGGGUUCACUGUGCAGCUCUUUCUACUUUUCUGAAAACUUGGAACUUUUGCUAAUAAAAUGUUCAGGGUAGGGAUAGCUGUGUUAUUCUUUAAGAACAUGUUUAUGGGCAAGGCACAUCUGUUAUAAACAUUAAGUUGUCGACGUGACAUUCCUGAGCCUCACUGACUUGUUUUCUUCCUGGUAUUCCUCCUCCUCUGCAGCUGCCUCCUUCACAUCUCGGUUCUCCCUGUAAGAGCAUCCCCUGACCUGCUCUGAUCUAGAUGUCCCUCCUCUGUGACCCCAGAGCCCUUGGAUACUUCUGCCGUAGAAUUUGUCAGCCAUACUAUAAUCGCCGACUAAUCUUCUGUAACUAAUCACUGGACUUUGAGUUUCUGGAGUGCAAAGACUGUUUCUGGAAUGCUUUCGGCACAAGUAACAAUAGACUCAGAAUGGUCUAAACAAAUAGGGGGUUAUCAUCUCCAGUUCAGGAGCCUGGAGGUUUGCAGUUUCCAGGAUCGGUCCAGGCUGACUCUCCUGCCUUGCCCUCCGCGUGUCAAGUGCUCAUGGGUUGUACAGACUGGAAAGAACCACCAUGGUUGUUUCAGUUGUUGAGCUUUGAGCACAGAUAUUUUGGCAAAUAUCUGUGGAUUUGUUGAACAGUCUUCAAUCCAUUUAUUGUGGUUUCUUCUAGGGAAGCUGACUUUGUGUUUUGAAAAUAACAGCUCAGAGUUAGAUGUCUACAUGUGUUUGAAAGCACCCCUGCCCCUAAUCUGGAAAAGGAUUUCUCCAUUUUCAUACAACUCUAAUAAUUCAUGGAAGCAAGGCUGCUUCGGAGAAAUCCUGUGAGGGGUUGGUGGUCUGGAGUUUCCAGCCUCAGGCACUGACCUCGGCCCUGUGGUGGCAGCUGUGGACCAGAAAUUAGGCCCAAAGCAGCUUCGCCUUCCUGAGCCUUCGGGGGAGGCCGGCUUCUCAUCCCACUUACCCUAUUUUAGUCACAAUUCAAAUGUGCUUAAUUAUCUAGUUAAUUGCUUAGAAGGCUUAUUAAAAAGCACGUCAUUAGAAAAGGGAGAGUGGACAGAGGGUCCAGCUUGGGGGAGCCAGCACACAAGUGAUCCCACCCAGAGCAGCGGGUCACACGACUGGUUUCCAUAGUGAUGAUGAUCCUUGAAUCACCCGGGAAAGCUACGAGUAUGGUCAGUCUUCACUGCUUAAGAAGACAGGUAGCUAUACUACGUGAAAAAUAACAUGCAAAACUACAUACGUAUGAUCUCAGAAAGAUGUUAAAUAUAGGAGUAUAUGGAUUAAAAUAUAAGAAUAUACAGAUUAAAUUACGGGCAGGAAGUAACGCUGUAAUACCGAAUAUCUCUGGGUGACAGGAUUUUUCUCUUAUUUUUUAAGAUAGUUUUGUGUAUUUUCUAAAUUUUCUACUGAGCACCGAAGGGGGGGUCAGAAUAUGUCACCCCAAAAGAUGCCACUUUGACAUGAGGAUUAUUUUGAGCUGAAAGCAACUGCAAAGGAACAGACACAAAGAAAAGCUCUACCUUCCCCUCUCCACCAGGAAGGGCGGGGCGAUCCUUAAGCACCCAGAGGAGGCCCCCGAGGAAUCGGGGUAACGCCCCUUGCUCACAGCCCGCACCCUGCGUCAGUUUCCCCCUCCCGGAAGUGCAAGGCCCCCUCCCUUGUCUUGUCACUUCCCUGCAGCAUUCGUUGUUCAUUGGUUAAGAUGCUCUGUGAACCCGAGUCCCACCACCCCGUGGGGCCGCCACCACUGCGCUCUCCUGUGUGGUUGUGAGAUGCGCCUGUUCAGAAGCCUCUGUUUGUUUUUCUCUCCUUAAUCAGUCUCUCGUCAGCCUGAUUUUCAGGGCCCCAGCCAAUGAACCAAGGUGGGUUUGUUUUUCCUCCCCUAUUCCUUUUCAUUUUAAAUACUUAAAAAAGGAUUGUAGACAUUCAGAGUGAUUCUUGUUCAACUCUUGGCCUCCUGAUAAUGCAGUUUCCCCACAUUUUGCCUCUGCCUUUGUUAAAAAUGAUCAAAUGAUGCUCUUUAUGGCGGCUGCCUGAGAAGUCCUACUUGUUACGGACGCCGACCCUCCUGGUGGGUAUUUCCUUAGGUGUCUCGGAGGUCGCAGCUGUGGGCCCCUAUCCGUGGGCUUUGGUUGUAGGAAUCCUGAGCCGUCUUCACUGCGUCCCCCCGCAGAGGUUGUAGCCUAGCACCCUGAGCAGCCUGGGGUUACUUGUUAUGUUGCUUCCUGGCUUUGGGGGAGUGCUGCGGUCACAGCUUCAGGGCACACUUUCCUACGGCCAGGGCUCGGGCAGACAUGCUUCCUUGCUGUCCUCCGCUGUUGGUGCUGUAGGGGAGCAGGUACCGUCCCAGAAUAGGUCUCUUUGGCAUAUUAAUAGUUUUAAGCUGGUUAUUUUCCGGGAAACAGCAGGCGUAGAAGAAAUUCUGAAAACCAAGUAGGAGUCACCGUUUUGUAAGAGACAGGGACAUUUACCAGGGGAAUGUCCCUAUGUAAGGGCGUCCCCCUCGCUGUACCAGGACACGAGGACGACUGAAUCUCUAGCAGCUCCUAGGGGCGGAGAAGCUCUUCGUCUGGGUCCUCUGGCCGCGUUUCGCAGAAACCCAGCAGGAUGGCCGCAAACAAGAGCAAGAGCCAGAGCUCCCUGGCCCUUCACAAGGUGAUCAUGGUUGGCAGUGGAGGGGUGGGCAAGUCGGCCCUGACCUUGCAGUUCAUGUAUGAUGAGUUCGUGGAGGACUAUGAACCUACCAAGGCUGACAGUUACAGGAAGAAGGUGGUCCUGGACGGGGAGGAGGUCCAGAUAGACAUCCUGGACACAGCCGGACAGGAGGACUACGCGGCCAUUCGCGACAACUACUUCCGGAGUGGGGAGGGCUUCCUCCUCGUGUUUUCCAUCACCGAGCACGAGUCAUUCACAGCCACUGCCGAGUUCAGGGAACAGAUCCUCCGUGUUAAGGCAGAAGAAGAUAAAGUCCCGCUGCUGGUGGCGGGGAACAAGUCUGACCUGCAGGAGCGGAGGCAGGUGCCGCUGGAGGAGGCCAGGGCCAAGGCCGAGGAGUGGGGCGUGCAGUACGUGGAGACCUCAGCCAAGACGCGGGCCAACGUGGACAAGGUGUUCUUUGACCUCAUGAGAGAGAUCAGAGCAAAGAAGAUGUCAGAAAACAAAGACAAGAACGGCAAGAAAAGCAGCAAGAACAAGAAAACUUUUAAAGAAAGAUGUUGUUUACUGUGAAGGCCAGGGUGCUGGACCAUGUCGCUCGCCACUAAGGACAGAGGGCAGGUUCCUCAAGCCAAGACUCCAGUCGACCUCUCGGCCUGUUCCCUGCUCUCCCCAACCUCAUUCACACACGCUUCUGUAAAUGGGGAAAAUAUUUGUGAACCAGUGGCUGGCAGAAGAAAUAAGCCCUUGACUGUGCAAUGGGAUGGCUCCUCUGUCGGGAGGUUUCAGAGUUUCCUCCCUCUUUUCCUUCCUAAAAUAAGCCACGUAUGUAGUGCUACAGGCAGGCGUUAGCCAAGUGUUAAUUAAGAAGGACUUUCCUAACUUCUUACUUUUCCCCCAGUUUUGUAACAUAGCGUCUUUUGUUUUGAAAUAAAAGUGUCUUAUUUUAUUAGGUCUUGGGAGGCGAGGGUGGGGUGAGGCUACCCCCACCCUUGUCAGCUCAACAGUAGUUCUCAGAAACAUCCAUUAGGUUCUAAUGACGCUGGAAAAUUCGGAGAUUUUUGGGGGUCUCUUGGCCAUACCCUGUGGAUCUGAAGCAGAGCUAAAAAAAUAAAGUUGAAUGGGGCCAAACAGAUCAACACCAAGCCCAGAAAUCCUUCUCAAUAGGAAAGAAGGAAGAGUUGUACCCUUCGUAGUUAAGUAUCAGCCAGUUAUAGUCUGUGUUGGCCGCUUUUCUCCUGUGGCAUUCUGAUUUUUGUGUAGGAGCUUCUUUUUUAAUAAGCGACAUGAGGACUCAAGAGCAAUACACUGUAUAAAUGAUAUACUUUUCUAAUCAGAAUUUUAAAACGAAGUCCUUUGGCUAAAUCCUCUCGUAAUUGCCAGUCAUAAGGUCAGGGCCCUCCUUCUCCAUCCGCAACCCACGCUCUGUCCUGACCCACUCCUCCUGGUGCAGGCUGAGAGGACCUUUUCUUUUGUUUCUUUCAGUGUAGCCCAAGUUCCUCUGAAGAACGUGAUGACUUAAGAUUGUGUUCUAAACUCAUGAAGCCAGAGCCUGUGCCAGACACCUGCUACCUCUCAUAGAAUUGCUCAGUAAAUUCAGAAGUGGAGACGCCACUGCCCCUUUACCUCUGAGAACUGGCUGCUGUUUCUAAUAUAAAUUUGUUUCUGAGACAGCCAUCUCGUUAGUUAGACAAAGAUUUUUAUGGAUGAGAUAUUGUCUUUCUUGUGUCAAUAUUCUGAAUUCAGCAGUCAGAAAAUUUUUCAUGAGCAAAGGAGGACAGCCAUAAAAACCUAGUGCUCAGCAUACUUUUCCCCAUUUUUCAGAAGUGAUAUUUCACAUAUAGGUGCCAAAAGUGAAUUGGGGUGGGGAGAAUGGGAACCCUUGGAAUUUAUGGUUAUUACAGAAAUUGUAGAAAUUAUGAUCUGACCGGAAAACAAACACUCUUGUAUCACCUCCCAAAGAAUCGUGGGCUUUUUUUCAAUUAAAAAAAGCAGAAAUUUACAGUUUUUCAGAAUUUCAGCCUUCUUAUUUUAUCCUUUUGUCAUAUAUGUAAAAUGUAAGUAUUAAAGAAAUGGACAGGUA